GCGCGGCUCGCGUCAGUCGUAUGGCACGUGGCACGGGCCAGAGAAGAAGAAGCCGGAGCGUUGCACGGGUUGCCCGCGGCGAACCUGCUGGCUAUCGGAAGACGCUUCUCGCAGCAAAUGCCCAACGACGAGGCGUCGAGCAGCUCUGGCCGUCGCGCUGUUGCGCCUGUCGUUCUGCUCGCGACUCCACUUCUUUCCGCAUUGGUGGCACUCGUGUGGAUCCUGAUGAACGAGUUCACAAGCUCCGAUGGCGAAUUGCCCGAAGUGCCGCAAUUCUGCUGCCCCGACGCCACGGAGACGAUACUGACGCUGGCCAACCUGUCAAACGAUCCGUGCACCGACAUUUUCAGUUAUGCCUGCUACAAAAAGAGCGGAGUGGACCGCAGCGCGAUUGCGGUUCGAGCGUUCACAUCGGUCGUGGUUCACCCUACUCUCCAGGCCAAACUGCGCUCACCGGUCAGCGAUAUAAUUUGGGUGAACCACAAGAGCUGCCUCUUCGCAAGCGUCAAAAAUAUGUUCACUGCGGAGCACGCAGUGGAAGCCGUCAUUGACCUUUUUCGCCGCUGGUCGGGAACCUCUACGGACGCCCCGCGCAACGUGGACCUGAUCAAGCUUGUCGGUCUGCUACACUUCAGGUACAAAAUCUUCAGCGUGUUUUACACGUUCUACAAUUCAUCAUUCGAGAAGAAUGCAACCACCUACGUCGUAAGCUUUCAGCCUGCGCCAUAUAUCGAUUUAAACGCGUCAAGUGCCGGACAUGCCAUGUUCGAGGCUGCCAGGAGACACGCUGGCAUAAGCGCUACAGAGGCAGACGUGCUUAGUCUAAUUCGCCGAUUCCGCAGGGCCCGCAAGCAUUCUGACGAUGAGAACUCUAUCGUCCCGAUGCCGCUGUUAGGCGAACAUUUUCCGAAGGAGAACAUAUCUUCGUGGCAAGGGAUUUUGAGAGCAGUCCCAGUGAUUGCCAUUAAAAACCCUCCCGCCGUCGCGGCAGUCUUAAGCAUAUUGACGGACAAAAACAUCCUCGUCCAAGCUGCCGCGCUACUGUACUUCGCCAUACACUCGACGCUCGCCGCGUUUGGCGACGAAAUUCGUCAUGCGUCUAGCCUAGCGGAUCACGCGGCAUUUUGCGAAGAUCAAACCAUGGCACUGUUUCCGCUCUGGGAUGUGUUGGCGACGCAGCAGAUGACGAGCCCAGACCGUGACCAGGUUGUGCUGGAAAUGUUUAACAAGAUCUCUGAAGCCGUGAUUGCGGACGCCCAAGUUUUCUUCCCUGCCCACCUGGACGCCAACGCGGUGCGGAGUGUGGUGCGAAGUAUUCAUAUUGUUUUGCCUGAAAACCUGACUGCCCCAUACAAGCACUAUCUGCCCUCCAUAAGCGAGAACUACUUCGAGAAUAAGUUUGAAAUUCGGAGCUUCUAUUAUCAGAUACGCAGCAGCAAUGCUCUGCGGGGCCUCGCUGGGUUGUACAGACUGCGCGUCGACUUGUCUCACACAUUCCUCGUGAGAUUCGGCAACCAGAUCGCCGUCGCGGCAAGCGUGUACGCGCUUCUCAGUUUCGGCAAGAAGACCGCCAGAGGAAACCGCAGCAUUGCCGACGGCGCAGGUGUCAUCAACGCGGCCGUGCUGGGAGUCAUGCUUGCCGACGCCCUGUGGGACAGGAUUUUCUACUACGCAGAAUGGCAUACCGAUAGCUGGGAAGGGCUCGUAGCGCUCCUGCACUGCAUUCAACGACAAGGUGGAGGUGUUCUGUACACUGAACUGAAGUAUCCAUUUUUGUCGCUGUCAGCCGCGGUCCGCGCCUUUGCCACACCCAGCUGGCACGACCGGGCCCCGUUAUUCGGCUACCACAGCUUGUCGGCCAGCCAGGUCUUCUUCAUACUCUUCUUUGUGCACCACGUUUGUCUCCCGAGGGGUUCCUACGGGAGCGGAGUGAGAGCGUCGACGCUGAUGCGGAACUUCGACGACUUCUACAAGGCAUUCGACUGUGCGGGGACACCGAUGCGGAACGUAAUCGAAGCCUGCGAGAAAGCGCGGCGAUGAGUGACGCGCUGUGUGUCCUCUAGCACCUCUGGAACUACGAGACAACAACGAGGCAGCAACGCGAAUCAUGUUUAUUGAUGUGCCACGGCACAGUUCGAGAAUACCGCGCACGAACACUGAUCUCAAUGUCCCUUUCGCAGUGCCUUUUUUUUUGCAUCUAGAUGUCUUCAUCGUUCGCUAAACAUUUUCUUCGUGUUUAAUUUGCCAAGCUGCUUUAUCGUGCUAUGGAACAAGCGUGUCGGAUCGCGAUUUCUUUUUCUUUUCUUUUUCUGCUUCGUGAGUUUUUCUGCGUAAAUUAUUUUCUCGCCCAGCAGUCUUCAAAAAUAAUGGCUCUUGUCUUAGCGUAGUUGGUGAAAAUAGAUAAUAUUAGUGCUGUCAGUAGGAAUCGCUUAAUAGGUGUGUCACAGACUCUUUGUUGCUUUUUGUACAGAUUUCUGUGGAUUGAAACGUGUUCAGUGGGCUGCUCUUCAGUGCCGAAUCUUUCGACACCUAGCACUGUUCACGAACUGCUCUAUUAUGUGGUAUUCAAGUAUUCGGCGUUGCCUUACGGUCACUUCUGUCGAGAGAACUGCACAUUCGUAAGUCUUGGCGUCAAUUCCAGCAGAUUUAUAAACUUCCUGUGGCUUUCGUUUGGGCAUGACGGCUGUUUACAUGUCACUAUAUAACCUGAACAAUUCUUGGUUGCAGCUGGUAGGACAUUCCCCUUGUGCGAAGACAAUAGUGGCCUUUUGUGGGGGACCUUGGUUAAUAGCCACACACACAUUUAUGCUAUUCUUAAAGCUUGAACAGUAGCUUCUAUUGCUCUAUAGCAUUGAACAAUCACUAACAAUUGUAGUCUGGCUUACACUGCCGGGAAACGUAUAUGCAUUUUAAGCCAGGACGAGUGCAUUUCUGACUCUGAUCAGCACCUUUGCGUUAUCAAGAUAGCUCGAGCACGUUCUGAAUAAAAGCAUUUGACUGCGCUCUGCAAUAUCUCGUUGAUAUCGUUGAACGUAUUUAUCAGAUUUUUUUGUGAGCAGUUUCUUUCAGCAUGGAUUCACAUAAAAUAGUCUAGCUCGUUUCAAUACUUCUGUGUUGCUUAAAAAGUGUCAUGCAAUAAAGAGGGCUUUACCAUUUCAAGGGCUGAAUUCGCAAAGGUUUCCGCUUGUAACGGCUCUUUGCCAUUGGCCAGUGCUUUUUGGUGAUGUGUUCAACAUAAAGAUUGGCUAGCAUUUGCUCUUGCACUCAAUUCGUUCGUAAGAUAUCUGAACCAAUCCCAAUGUUGGACGUUAUAUUAGCGAACGCUACCUGUCAACGCAGGGAACACUUGCGAACAACAAAACGCUUUGUUAUUUCAGCCUUGGUUGCCUACACGAUCAUGUGAUCUUAUUUGGAGUUUGACCAAGGAAGUAUCUUGGUCUCAUUAGCACUUUAAAUGUUAGUUGGUUCGAGCUUCUUGAAAUACAUGCCAGAUUCCUUUUCACCGGUGUGGUGGAGCAGUGCAGCGAAUCUCUUUCAGGCGACGACAAAACGCACGCCAAUGCGGCGACAACGAUGCUGUACCGUGCAGCACCCUUUUGCACUGGAGGCACAUAAUUCAAAAUUUAAUGUUCUCUGAUUAAAGUUACACGUACUGCAAUGUAUUCGGAUUAUUCAGUAUUCAAUGGGGGCUAUUAAAAAUAUUGACACUCACUUUAGCAUACGCCAGAGGGUGAAGGCGAAAGCCUGCGUUAUCAAGACACAUUCAAUAAAUUUAUAUUCUCAUUCGAAUGCGUUGUUGCUGCUUAUUGUUUUCUUCUACCAAAGAUCGUGGGAGAAAACAAUAAGUGCGUUAACUGACGCUACGUUAACUGCCUUAAUUGACUUCGUCCUAAUUAACACCAAAGUUCCUGGGUUCGACUUCCACCAAAGGUCGAGGGUGCGGUUUCCAUCGUUCGUGGAUUCGAGUACCUUAACUCUACACUGAGAGCCGGUGGCUUAAUUAACUUUGCCUUAAUGGCAAAUGUCGUGGGACCGACUUCCACAUAAGCACGAGGGUUCGACUACCACUGAAGGUCGCUGGUUCGUGUACUAGAAUUAACUCUGUCUUCAUUA